AUGUCCGCCAUCGACAACGAAGAUCUUAUCGACUACGAGGAGGAGGUCGCCGUCGCCCCUACCUCCACUAACGGUGCCGCCGCUACCGGCAAUGGCGCCGCUGCCACCGCGGAUGCCGACAAAGACAAAAAGGGCUCCUACGUCGGCAUCCACUCUACAGGUUUCCGCGACUUCCUUCUCAAGCCCGAGCUGCUCCGAGCCAUCUCGGACCUUGGUUUCGAACACCCUUCCGAAGUCCAGCAAGAAUGUAUCCCCCAGUCGAUCCUCGGCAUGGACGUGGUUUGCCAGGCCAAAUCAGGUAUGGGUAAGACUGCCGUCUUCGUACUCGCCACGCUGCAGCAGAUCGAGCCCGUCGACGGUGAAGUGUCAGUGCUUGUGCUCUGCCACACGCGCGAGCUGGCCUACCAGAUCCGCAACGAGUACGCCCGCUUCACGAAAUACAUGCCCGAUGUCAGAACGGGCGUGAUCUACGGCGGCACGCCCGUCGCCGAGAACCAGGCGAUGCUCAAGGACAAGGCCAAGUGCCCGCACAUCCUCGUCGGCACGCCCGGACGUAUGAACGCGCUGGUGCGCGACAAGAGCCUCAAGGUGUCGGGCGUCAAGCACUUUGUCAUUGACGAGUGCGACAAGAUCUUGGAGCAGGUCGACAUGCGAAGGGACGUGCAGGACAUCUUCCGUGCCACUCCUCACCACAAACAGGUCAUGAUGUUCUCGGCCACGCUCGCCAAGGAGGUGCGCCCUACGUGCAAGAAGUUUAUGCAGAACCCACUCGAAAUCUACGUCGACGACGAGACCAAGCUGACGCUGCACGGUCUGCAGCAGCACUACGUUCGCCUGGAGGAAUCGGCCAAGAACCGCAAGCUCAACGAUCUGCUGGAUUCGCUCGAGUUCAACCAGGUGAUCAUCUUUGUCAAAUCCAUCUCGCGCGCCAAUGAGCUGGACAAGCUGCUGCGCGAGUGCAACUUCCCCUCGAUCUGCAUCCACGGCGGCCUGGCGCAGGAGGAGCGCAUCAAGCGCUACCAGCAGUUCAAGAACUUCGAGAAGCGCAUCCUGGUGGCUACCGACAUCUUUGGACGUGGUAUCGACGUCGAGCGUGUCAACGUCUCGAUCAGUUACGACACGCCUACGGAUGCGGACAGCUACCUGCACCGUGUGGGUAGGGCUGGACGUUUCGGUACCAAGGGUCUGGCGAUCAUGUUUGUCUCGUCGGACGAGGACGCCGAGGUGCUCAAGCAGAUCCAGAGCCGUUUCGAGGUCGCGGUUCCAGAGCUGCCCGAGACGAUCGAGGCCAGUUCGUACAUGAACGCCUGA